CCGGCGGCCCAUCCAAUGUUUUGCUGAAAUAUAUGGGUCGAGUUUGCACUGAUCCCGAACACAAAUUCCACACAAACACUUUUGUUGUGUAGGUUGUGAAAUUACACCAUUCUUGCUGUCGUUGAUUUAAUAUGAAGCAUAAUACAAUGUAAUGAACAAUAUUGUUAUGACUGCGACCUACGUAUGUAACCUGUAACUCCAUGAAAAAUUAUAGUUACUAGAGUUAGACUUUGUCUUUAUGCUGCCUGUGUGCUUGGUUGGGUCAGGUCGGUGGUGUCACUUUUGACAUUGACAAUUACAAUAGUAUGGCGGACGUAUUCAAAACGACCACAGCGGACCUUGGGCUGAUGAAAGACUCACUUAGUACAGCUAUUGAGUCGUUGGAUUCCUUAAAUGACCAGAUUGUGCAGUUUAUUUGUACACCUAAAUCUUCUGAGUGUGACGUAAGCAGUCCAGUUUGUGAGACAGCAGAUGUACCUGCCAGGGAUUCUCUCAAGUCCAAUCUAGCAUUAAUGCGUCGCUUGCUGAUUGAUGCUCAAAUCAAAUAUAGAAGAGUUGUUGAUGAAAACAAUAGACUGACAAAGAAUGAAUAUUCUCCACAGCUGACUGAUGAAGUAGUGGCUAAGGACACAAACAGGAGAAACAGCUAUGCUUGUAUCAAUGAAGGAGGGAACUGUGAUCCGGAUAAUGAAAAGGGUAACAAAGAAUGGGAGAGGCUACAGGAGGAGAGUGAGUUGCAGAGAAUACGAGACAGAUAUUGCCACCUGGAGAAUGAUAAUAUGACUUUGAUGAAACAGCUGGAUGAUUUACGUGCACUAGAUCAUAGUCAUGUUGAAAUUCCUAGUGCAGGAGAGUUGAAGAUUCAGUUGACACAGACAGAGCAUGAGCUAGCUAGAGCCAAAGAAGCCUUAACAGCAAUGAAGUCCGACCGCAAGCGUCUGAAAGGAGACAAGGUGGACCUCCUGAAUCAAAUGAAGCAGCUUUACUGUACCCUUGAAGCCAAGGAAGAGGAGAUGAGAGAUUUCAUUCGUAAUUAUGAGCAGCGUGUUUCGGAAAGUGAUGAAAGUCUUCGGAAAGUAAUUGCUGAAAAAGAGGAUGUUGAAAAGGACCGAUGGGAAAUACUGAAAAGAGCACGGGAAGCUGCAGAACGAUCUGUAUCACUCCGAGAACAAUUGGACCAGAGAGAAAAAGAAAAUGAAUGGUUGGAGGCUGAACUAGAAAAGUUGAAGCAGCAGCUAACAACAGAAAGACGUAGCCAUCAUCUUACAGCAUCAGACUCAUCAGAUGGAAGAUAUCCACACACAUGUAAACCAGUCUCUAAAGCUAACAGUGAAGCAUCAACUCCCAUAUCAGACCAAGCCACAUCAAAAACUCCUACUCUAAGUGCAGUCAUUGGCCAGUCUGAUAUAUCAGAUAUUGCCUUGGCAGAUAGCACAAGUACAGAACACCUCUUAUCCACAUCAGAAGUCACGGCACGUUCAAGUGAAGAGCUAACUUAUGAAGUCCAUCAUAGAGAAAAGAAGAAAAAAGCUAAGAAGCAAUCAAAGAAGUUCAACUCUCUCUCUAAGAUCUUUGGGAAAAAAAAUAGGUCCACUUUGGAACAGUUAGUUUUUGAUGAUACUCAUAUUUCAAGCUCAAGUAGACACAGCCCAAAUGCAACCUUUGAUUAUGCGUUGGAUGAUAGAGACAAAGCUCGACUUGCUGAGAAGUGUAGGAACACUCCUAUGACUCAAUGGAAGGCAGAUAUGGUUGUGUCUUGGCUUGAACUCACAAUGUGCUUACCACAGUACAGCCAGAAUUGCCAAGAAAAUAUCAAGAGUGGAAAGGUUUUACUUGGUUUAUCAGAUGCUGAGCUUGAAUCUGGAAUGGGUGUUACUAAUGUACUCCAUAGACGUAAAGUAAGACUUGCAGUUGAAGAGCAGAGACCUGGUGUUGAAAACAUAUAUCAAAAAGCUGGUGAUCUUGAUCAUCGAUGGGUGGCCCGAACGUGGUUGAAUGACCUUGGCCUUGGUCAGUAUUCCUUGCAGUUUGAAUCUGAACGGAUAGAUGGAAGGGUACUUAACAGUUUGACAAAGAAGGAUCUUGAAAAACAUCUCGGAAUCUCACGAAAGUUUCAUCAUGUCAGUUUACUUCAUGGCAUUGAAUUGUUGAGAAGAAUACAUUUUGAUAAAGGGGUUCUUGCAGAGCGUCGAGUACAGAGUGACGAUAUGGAUUGUGAUCUUGUAGUCUGGACCAGUCAAAGACUCAUUAGAUGGGCGAGAAGUAUCGAUCUUAAGGAGUAUGCUGACAAUUUAUUGGACAGUGGUGUCCAUGGUGCUCUGAUGGUAUUAGAACCAUCGUUUGAUUCAGAUGCCAUGGCAAAUGCUCUGGGAAUUCCUUCAAGUAAAACUAUUAUUCGAAGACAUCUAACCACAGAACUCAAUUCCAUCGUUUUUCCAGCCAGAGCCACACAGGAUCUGUUCAAUGCUGCAAUUGAAAAUCGUCCCAGGAGGAGUAGCGGAGGAGGUACACUUGGUAGAUCAUUUCAGAGAUCUUAUGCCAGUCCUAAUGAUGAUAAGAGCAGACCUAAACCAACAUUUAGGGGAUCCCUUGGUAGAGCAUUAGGAAGGAAGCUUCGUCAGGAGAUAGGUUAUUCAUCUAGCUUCAGUAGUGUACCUGAACAAGUGCGUGCAAGAUCACGUAGUCAAGAGAUAGAGAGUACCAUGGUGUAAUGAUAGCAUCACUAAUCUUCAGCAUGCUGUAUUGUAUCCAACUGGAUAGUUUAGCUGCUUAUCAAUAUCAUAAUUAUACAAAUCGCAAAGGUUCAAAGAGUUGGUAUUCAUUAUGACCUCAUUUUUAAUUGCUUAAAAUUGUAGAAGUAUUUUAUCUGAAAGCUUUGUGAUUAAAAAUAUCAAUGAAAUUCAUUGUUGUCUUGGAUUGGAUCCAAUGAAUGCCAAUAGAGGGAUCCGGGUGACAGUUAGGUGCUGCCAUCACUGGGUAGGCAUCUACAUAUUAUGUUUAGAUUUGUAAGCAUCUUUGACCAAUGAUGUUGAUGCAUCUGUGUGCAGUGCUACAGCCUCUAAGCUAACCUGAGUACAUCAUCCUAAGGUGGUUUACUUUCAAGUAUGGGCAUUCAUUUUUUACUGCAUGAAAAUAUGCAGAGCUACCAUUUAUAGGAUAUUUAUGGAACUGGAAAUCUUCACUCCCAAUCGAUGGUUGUAUUCAACUAAGGGACAAGGUUUCCUCAUUGGAUUUUUAUCUGUGUUCAUUUGUUCUUAUUUUUGUCAAGCAUUGUAGGAUUAGGAAGAGUUGACAACAAACUGUAUGUAUAGUUUGUUGGUUUUUUUUAAAGUAAAUUCCUAUCUUCUUCUUAAAAGAAGAAAUUUGCCAAGUCCUUCUUAAACUGUUCAUUUUCAAGUUGUUUGGAAAAGUUUUCCUGCUUGCCUUUUUAUUUCCACAUUAGCAUUGUGUAAGGAGAGUUAUGUGUAUGGAAGUCCUCAGCUAAACAGAUGCCAUCCUACAUAAAAGGAUGGUGAACAAGUGUUACUGUAAGUAAAAUGUUCAAAUCAUUGGGAAAUUAUUGCCUAUUUGAUUUAUCUUAUACUAACAAUAUCUUGUGUAAACCUUUUCAAAUAGAUUUUGCACAUUGUAAUCAUUUCUUUAGAUUUAAAGAUGAUAUUGUAUACAGUGUGCAUGUAAUAAUAUAUUUAAGUCAAUUUAAUGAAAAUAACUACUUCGAAAAGGCAUAUGGGUUUGAUCUGAGCACUGAAGCAUUUGAAGCAUGUUUCUUUGAAUAAUUGUGUUGUGAGUAACAUGCGACGGUUCUUGUACAUAUAUAAAUAUAUAUAUAUUUAUAUUUUAAAUCUUAUUGAUCAAAAUAUAUAUUUUUUAAAUGUCAACUUUAUGUAGUCCGGCUGGCAAGUGUUAAAAAUAAAAGCAUGGUUCUUUCAGUAUGCAAUUAGUAAGCAUUUAAACAAUUAAGCUUGAAAGUAUCUUCUACUUAAAUGAUAUUUAGGCUUGGAUGAGAAAGAUUUGAGUGUAGUGCUUGGUAUUUAACAACAUGGCUAACUGGAUUUAAAGGUAGUGGACACUAUUGGCAAUGACUCAAAAUAAUUGUU